GCAGGCUUCUGUUUGUGAAUGACAGCUGCAGGCUGAGAGGAGGCUGCUCUCAGAUUCUCCGCACAAAUACAAGUGUGGGACAUCUGUCAGGAUGGAGAUGGAGGUCAGUGGGGGGUCUCGGGCUCACGUCUCCAUCCUCCCUGCGGCGGCUGAGAUCAAAUCGACCCUGAAACCUGAAGCAGAGCGUCCCCGCUGUGCCAGCACGCCAUGUUCGCCCAUCAGAGGCACCGUGUCCGGGUACCACAUCCUCCACAUGGACUCUAACUACCUGGUGGGCUUCACCACGGGGGAGGAGCUGCUCAAACUGGCCCACAGGUGGUCUGAGGCGGGUCCAGAGAAGAGUCCCGCCCCCCCGUCUGUGACCACAUCGGUGCAGACGUCCCCCCCAAAAUCUGUGGACCUGGGAGUCCACAGGUCGUCUCGAGUCUUCAAAGCAAAGACUCGAUACUACCAACCCUACGACAUCCCUGGCUCUGGGGGGCGCCGAAGGAGGCGCAUGCCCAGCUCCUGUGAGACCUUCCUUAGACCACCACCCCACGGCCUCCACGCCCCCCACGCCCCCCUCCCUCUCUGUCUGCUCAAAGGGAAGCGGUCCCAGUCCAAGUCUCUGGACUACCUGAACCUGGACAGACUGAGCGUGACGGACUCGGCCGACACCGAGACGUUACAGUACCAGCUGCAGAGCCUCACGCUGAGGGGCGAGCGCCGGGCGGAGCGCCGGGUGGAGCGAGUGUUUACCAGGAAGACAUGAAGCUGCUGGAGGCCUGAUUUAGACCCCGCCCCCUCCCUCCGACGGGGAUUUAGGUGCUAUAUUCAGCUCGCUCGCCCUCUCCCUCUCUCUCUUUCUCUCUCCUGGGAUUACAGCUGGUGGUGUUUAAAGAGACGCUCCGGUAAUCCUGUUAGAUUAUAAUCAGGAGGGGAAGGGUUAAAUAAUGUGAAUCAUAUUAACUUAGCAAUAACACGUGAACAUGUUAAUGACCUGAGUGAGUGGGUGAGUGUACCAGGGCUGGAAAUUAACCCCUUCAUCUACCUGAUGCCAGGCUGAUGGAUCCAAACAGCUUAAAAAAUGACGUAAAAUAUCAACAACAGGACUGAUAGCAUUCAGAUAAUCAGCUGUUUUACUGGUGGAAAUUUGUCAGACAUUACUUCAUUAUUUUAUUUCUGAGGUUUGUCCUUGAAGGCAAAACAGGAGCCAAGAUAAACAAUUCACAGCUAUUUCACAAUAAAAGUACUUCAACAACAUAUAAAAUGGGCACUUUUAUUAUGAAAAACUUGUUGCAAGGAACGUGUUACAAUUCAGGUUACACACAGAUUGUAAAAUAUGUCGUAAAACCUGUUUCCAGGCUUAACCCCUCCUGAGCUAGAAACCCUCAGAUCAAAGAUCCUUUUGUUUACCUCACUCGAUUGCCCCCGAAACUUCCCCAACACCUGGUCAGACAUUGUUGUCAUUACUAGGGUUUAGGUUGGGGAAAUACAAGCUUACAAGUUUAAGACACAGUUUCCUAUUACACUAAGGUUCUGUUGGGGGGGGGGGGUUCAUUAACAAUGUAGAGACAAACAGUGUUUACAGCAGCUAUGACCACCACCAACAGCUGCAGCCUGCUGAAGGUCAGGAUGCAGCAGUCAUAGUUUCUGUUAUAAAUUACUGUUACACUCAUAGGUCUGAUGUUGUGGCUGCUAGGUGGAGCAGAUUCAGCCCAUACCGAACAAAAACAACCACGUUUGGCGGCCCGUGGGUGUGGUGCGCUGAUUUCCAGCCCUGGUGUGUCCCAGUGAGUUUACAGAAGCACAUAUCACAGAUGGACAUGCUGUCAUCUCAGCGUCAUUAACGUGUGAGUGAAGGAUUUAUUCUUAUUAAACCACUGAGUACAGCCGUCUGAUCACAUCUAUCACUGAGUUAUUGAUUUACUGCUGUCAGUCUUCAUCAGUGUGUUUAAUCCUUAUUUGGAGUAAGAUCAUCAUCAUCAUCAUCACUGCUGGUUUCAAACGCCAUCUUCACACUCAGACUUUACACACCAUGGAGGAACUUCAGCACUGCUUCAGAUGGAGAACAGGGUCGUUUGUUGUUUUCUUACUGCAGAAACCAGGAACUAUUUUUAGUUCCCUUAACAACAUUUAGAGAAAUUUUCUUUUGUCCGUCCUCUGAGUUUUUCUCUGUUAAGUUUUCUUUUCGCUGGUCAAAUAUUCAGGACAGGCAGCAGCCAUCUGUAGGAAUAAGAAGAGCUUUACCAGGCUACACACCAGACCUGGUCUGAUUUUUAACAUUAUAAUCCUGUGGAUGCACACACUGGAGGAUUCAGACUGAGUCCUCGUGGCUGAUGUUAAUGAUUUGAUUCAAUACAAUAUGAUACAAUUAGACACAAUCGGUGCAGUUCAAUAGGAUACGGCUGGAUAUGAAUUGUUAAGAUCGAUAAGAUUCAACACGAAUCGAUACAAUUUGAAAUGAUCUGAUUCAGUGCAAUAUGAAUGGAUACUUUACUGUUGGUAGUGAUGAUUUCAGCGUGGAGAUUCCACUCCCUGGAGAUCUCAGAAAUGUACAAACAGAGGACAAACAAACAUGGAGGAUAGACCUCAUCCCUGCUGUGGUCCAUCUUCAUGAAACUAAAGAAAGGCACUCGCGUUGUUGGAAUAUCAGACAUGUUUGACAUUUAUGAUUCGGGAUUAUUCAGACAUAAUCAUUUAUAACGAGCCUGAAUGGUGGAGUCAAAUUAUCAAAAUAAGGACCAGAUUGAAAUCAGGACCCAAAUAAGCCUAAAAUUAACAAAUCCUCUUAUUUCCUAUCUCUCUUUGGCUGCCUAUGAAAAUAAAAGCAAAUAAUCCAAAACAAUCUGGCCUUGAAAACAUACUUCUGCCCAAUAUCAGGAUCAAUUCUGAUAUUAAAAAUGGGCAAAAAUCUAGCCGUAAAUCCAAGAGUCAGACUUUAAAUCAGAACUGACCAAAAAACCAGGCCUGAACUUAGUUUCAGGUCAAAGACCAGGCUCUAAAACUAGGACUGGAAUCUAAGUCUCGCCAAGAUCUGAAUUGGUCUUUAAUUAGAGCUAAAACCAGGCCUUUAAAUCAGUACCAGGCCUUUAAACCAGAACCAGGCCUUUAAAUAAGAAUCAGAUCUUAAAAUUAGAACCAGUCCUUUAAAUAAGAGUCAGAUCUUAAAAUUAGAACCAGUCCUUUAAACCAGAACCAGACCUUUAAACCAGAACCAGGCCUUUAAAUCAGAAUCAGGCCUUUAAAUAAGAGUCAGAUCUUAAAAUUAGAACCAGUCCUUUAAACCAGAACCAGACCUUUAAGCCAGAACCAGGCCUUUAAAUAAGAAUCAGAUCUUAAAAUUAGAACCAGGCCUUUAAAUAAGAAUCAGAUCUUAAAAUUAGAACCAGUCCUUUAAACCAGAACCAGACCUUUAAACCAGAACCAGGCCUUUAAAUCAGAAUCAGGCCUUUAAAUAAGAGUCAGAUCUUAAAAUUAGAACCAGUCCUUUAAACCAGAACCAGACCUUUAAACCAGAACCAGGCCUUUAAAUCAGAAUCAGGCCUUUAAAUAAGAGUCAGAUCUUAAAAUUAGAACCAGUCCUUUAAACCAGAACCAGACCUUUAAGCCAGAACCAGGCCUUUAAAUAAGAAUCAGAUCUUAAAAUUAGAACCAGGCCUUUAAAUAAGAAUCAGAUCUUAAAAUUAGAACCAGGUUUUUAAACCAGAACCAGGCCUUCUUUUGUCCCAUAAUCGUCUGGUGUGUAGCCAGGUAAAUAUCGAUAUUAUUGUGUUUAUUUGUUGCACCAGAAGCCUGGCUGGAUGAUGUUGGCUAGGUGAAUACUGAUAAAUAUUGAAGGCCAUACACAUGUCCUGGAUUGAAACAGAGCCUUGAACUCCGGCUCUACUUCUUGUCUCUGUCUCUGUGUUUGUAGAUUUUGUGUUGUCAGCAUUUCCAGAUGUUUUUUUCUGAUGCAGUAAACUGAACCGUUCAUGUUAAAUUCAUUUAAAUAUCACUGUAAAGCUUAUUAACCUGUAGUGAAUAGUAUAAUGAAGUAAACCAGAGCAGCUCAUCAUGGUUAGGGGAGUUUAUGGUUUUAAUCAGAUUAUAACAGGUCAAGAUUGGGCGUCCAUCUUUGAUUUAGAAGUCAGUUAAAAUGAUCCAUCAGUUUUUCUGUCGAUGGUCUGACAGUCGGUUCUAGGUUUGACAUUUUUCUCCUGCAGGAUGACCACGGGUCGGAUGCUUUCACCUGAAAUAUUCUACAUUUAACUGGACUUAAGGAGGUUUCACAUCAGAGUUAUUUCAUUCUCUAACAGCUGCUGCAGUUUAAAUUCACUGAGACAGGAAAUCGUAUUAAAAUAAUCCGAAUAUUUUAGUUUUUAGACUCUUGAUUUGGAAGUGUGGGAGUGUACGGAUGGUUUCACUUCACUGCGUUUGUGAAUCACUCUUUAUGCACUCUUAUUAAAGCCAAACAGAAAUGUACACUUGAUGUAACCAAUGACUGUUCA